UGAACUGCUGGGGAAGUGGGGAAAAAAAAAGAACGCAAACUCAGAUCACUCCGCCCGACGACUGCGAGACGAAUCGUAGGGUUUUGUUGGGUUGGACGCGGCGUCCCAUGGAGGAAGGACGACGCCGCGGAGAUCGAUCCCGCCGAGUGCCAGAGCAUAGCCUCGCUAAUGGGAAGGAUGGUGUAGGUGGUUGGGAUGCAGUCCCGUUCGGCUUGGGGACAGCAGGUGACUCUAGACCCACCGGUUACCCGUUCCGUGCAGCCGCAGCGGGAGUGCAGGCGUGGCCAUGGCUGAUGCCACGCGCACAGCCUCACCAGCAUAGGCGCAGCAGCCUGCUACUAGCGCAGAUCAGUGAGUAGGGGGACCUCCAUGUGGCGGUGUGGUUCGCGCCUCGCGCGUGAUUGAGGUCGGGGUGGAGGCUUGCUUAGGCGGUUGUCCUGCCUGUGAGCAGCACGGCGCGUGAGGACGUCCCACGCGACGCUCAUGUCGAUAGCGGGUCAGAUCCACCCCACGGCGUGGUGGUGCGGUAGCCCAGGCCCUCGUCCAUGGCGGGGCAGACCCGCUCCCCCCAGUGUGGCGGUGCGAUGGACCUGACCCCCGGCCAUGGCAGGGCGAGCAGCCUCGGCCACCGCACGGCUGCUCCCCCAGUGUGGUGGUUGUGGGCGCGACCACAGUGGAGCCUCGGCGCGGCGUCGGAUGGUCGGCUGGAGGAGACGCUACCUGAGACCCCACGGUGGAGAGAAAGGAGGCGACGUGGCCCAGUCCCUAGCCGGAGCUUGGCCCUCAUUUUUGUCUUAUGGAGAUUCUUGGCACUGUUUACUUGCGCACUGCUUUGAUAGGAACACUCUUAUUCUGCUAUGUCUGAUUCGGUUGGUGUGAUGUUGGAACCAACCUCCAAGCACAAUGGCGUGCUGGAGCAAAAUAAUUUUCAAUUUUUUGAAUGCAACUUGCGGUUACCUGAUGAGUGCUUCCUAGAACAUUUCACUCUAUCAAUGCAGGUGCUCAGCACGUGUAAUGGUCAAUUUGGAUUGGUUAUGUCGUGGACUUCUACUCUCUCCAAUUCCUCAGUUUGUAGACUCUGUUUUUUAGAUUAAGUGUAGGCUCUGUUUAUGCUAAUGUUUCAGCAGUUUCAUAAACAAUUGGGUGUUAGUUUAGUCUGCUGUUAGGCCUUUUCUUUGCUCGGCGAUCUAGAUACAUAUAAAUUGCUGGCUUAAUGUUAUCUCUCAAUCUGAACACAGUCACUAAAAAAAAAGUUUAAAACUUCAUCAUAACAUGCUUAUCCUUGAGCUUGGCCACUGUGGUUUGAUUAUCUGCAUACGUUUAAUUCUGAUUUGCUUAUUUCACGACUCUAUGAGUACCUUCUCAAUGGAGGAUCUCCAAGAGCCACUACUGGCAGAAAUCAUUAAGAGGGUUACCAGGACAACUGAUCUUAAUUCAAUUUCACUUGUGUCGAAGCGCCUCUACACUGUUGAUGCAGAGGAAAGGGGCACGAUCUGUGUUGGCUGCGGCCUUCACCCUGCGACGGAAUCCUUCUCAUUAUUGUGCUCCCGGUUCCCCAACUUGUGGAAAGUAGAGAUCAAUUACUCUGGUUGGACGUCCAUCGAAGCCCAAGGGAAGCAGUUGGGCAACCAAGGCCUCUCUGUGCUGUCAUCUCACUGUUCCUCACUGACGGAUCUCAGCUUAAGCUUCUGUUCAGACAUCAAUGACAUUGGCCUUGGUUAUUUGGCACAUUGCAAGAAGCUGAUGGCCCUCAGGCUGAGCUUUACUCCAGCGAUAACCUCAGAUGGCCUUUUGUCAGUAGCGGUUGGGUGCAAGAGUCUAUCUACUUUCCAUCUUGUUGACUGCAUUAAGGUAGACAGCGUCGAGUGGCUGGAGUACCUUGGCAGAGCUGGAUCAGUGGUUGAACUUGUGGUGAAGGAUUGCAAGGGAAUCAGCCAGUUUGACCUCCUAAAGUUUGGUCCAGGAUGGAUGAAGCUUGAGAAGUUUGAGUUUGAGAUCAAUGGCAAUUAUUGGUUAUCAGGGCCUCCCCCUGAUCCUGCGUCUGAUGCUCGCUACCCCUACAAAUAUGAUAUCUGCUGUGAGAACUUGAAGGAUUUGAGGUUGGCACAUAUUAUAACUAUGCGCAGCGACGAUGAGGGUCUCCCAGCACCAACUGCGCAAGAGAUUGGACUCCGUUUUCUUUUGAGAAAGUGCAAAGCAUUAGAGAAACUUUGUCUGGACUAUGUUGUUGGUCUAGAUGAGGACGAGAUGAUUGCUUUGUUCCAGAACUGCAGCAACCUUAGAAGCCUUUCACUUCGCCUCAUGCCUCUGCACCAACGGGACUGGCAUUUCAGGACACCACUGACUGAUGAAAGCCUUAAGGCCCUUGGUCUCAGCUGCCCUAUGCUUGAGGUUGUUGAGCUGACCUUUACGUUUUGUUCGAGUGGGUAUCCAACAGAAAUAGGCUUCACACAGAAAGGUAUUGUUGCACUCAUUCAGACUUGUCCAAUUCGUGCUUUCAUGCUGAAUGGAGCGAACAUGUUUUUUGACUCGGGGUUGGAGGGUAUUUCAUCGGCGCCAUUCCUGGAGCAACUUGAGCUUUUGGAUUGCAAGGGGAUAACAGAUGCUGGGAUGAGUUUCAUCGCGCAUGCCCCGCGCUUGAGUAGUCUCACCCUCCGGAAAUGCCAAGAUGUGACUGAUAAUGGAAUAGCCAAGCUGGCACAUUCAGCGAAACUGGAGUCUCUGACCGUUGUAGGUUGCCAUCAGAUCUCCCGGGAAGGUGUUCAGGGGGCUGCCAGAUUAGUUCGCUACUCAGCUGAUUCUGAAAGCCAUGAUAGUCUCAAAGGAAUGAAACUCACAGGCAAACCAACCGCACCGCCUGUUCUGGAAACCUUUGCAGCUUAGCCUGUCUGGAAACACUUGCAGCUUAAAGGGGUGGAAGUUGAAGAAAAGACAUGAUAUCGGAAUGGAAUGGAAUUAUUAUUACCUAUAUGCUUCUUUCCAUUUCUUAUAUAAUAUAAUAAUAGCUUUAGGUUCGGAACUGUACUAUUAUAUAAUAUAAUAGCUUUAGGUUCGGUAAUCGGUGAUUUAUUCGGAUUAUUUCCUUCUCACUGUAUCUAUUGCAAAUGUAAAUGAGAAUAUAUUUGUUAGAAGGAA